AUGGGUCAUAUGAGUAUUGCAGCAUCUGCUGCAGGUAUUGCUGAUUGGAAUCGAGGCUUCUAUAAUGAGAUGAUGGAAGAAGAGGAUAGAUCCUUGACAGAGAAGGCUGUCGGUGUCGACCGACGCGCAUUCCAGCUUCUUACUGGCACAGUCAGCUUAUACGCGAUAUCCUUGAUUGAUCAGCAGUGGGUUAAGCUCAAAAUGCUUAUUGGUGAAGGCGAGGAUAUAGAAUCUAGGCCUUGUCGGUGUGUUAUGCGAGAGCAGUGGCUUCUACCCUGCUAUCAUGAUCUCUGGAAAGUGUACGAUACAGGAAUACCUCUACCUAGGUCACUGGUUCACCCUAGAUAUUGGCUUGCUGGUCACGUACACAGAUCUCGAGAAUGGGCGCCAUCAUAUGAGUCAAUUACACCGCUCAUUAUCUCACCGAAGCGAGCUAGGGUAGAAAGUGCGCUUCAAAAGCUAGUACAGCUACGCGAUGAGUUCGACGGAGAGGAAAGAGAUAAAUUCGAGCAGGAAUUGCUUGCCCUGGCUGGUAGAGGUGAAGCAAUUGCUUCUAAUUGUAGGGCAAUUGGAGCUAUUCCAAUAUCUGCGCCGGAAGCACUACCGAAUCGACGAGCAAUUGGUCGACGAGAAGCUACAAGGACCGGACGACUACUUACCGCUUUAGAACAGCAAGAACGCGAUUCACAACGAGUACAACGAGAAGCAAAUGCCCAGUCUCGAGACGAUGUGAUACUAUCACAGCGACAGGCAAGCCAGGGCAGUACUAUCGUCGUGAAUGUCGAUCAGGGCGAUACGCAGCUUACGGUAAUAGUAUCAUCAUCAUCUGGGGCUAAUUCUGAGGCGUCGGAUGAAGAGACUACUGUAGCGCAGCCAGUCUCAAACUGA